UGAGGGAAUCCCGUUAUUUUACAGCAUUGGAGCAUUAUAAACACCCAGAGCGGGGAAGGAAGCCGCUCCUCUUGAUACGCGAGGAAUCCAUAUAGAGCUGUGGGAAGGGGGACUUCAUACCAGAACCUUUGCUGUGGCCGCGUGCUUUUCGAAGAGAAAGAGGUUGGAGUUUGAGUUGGCGCGCAGCUGCUGUUUCGCAGCUUGAAGUUUUUUAAACGCGUAGAAACACCGUAGAAGUCUUUUCUUCUUUUUUUUUGGUCUCCUUUCAACGUUUAACAGAAGACCGUUUUUACUGCUGCGGUUAAUAGCAGAACGUUUAUCUCUUUUAAUUCUUUUUUAUUUGUUUUUCGAACUAACCCCCCCCCCCCAGAUGUUUAGAGAAGCUUGGAUGCUGGCACAAUACCACACCAUGAGGUCGAUGGAUCAAGAUGAUCCCAACCUUGCACCUCACAAAGUGCUCGGCCCUGAGUCCGGGCAGGCUUUUUCUCUGGACGAGGUCUCCCCUUACGGCAUCAAGUCCUGCAGUCCCUCCUACAGGGACCACGGCACCGAGGUUGUCUCGGGAUACGAGAACCAGGAGGCCCGACACUACCUGGACAGUACCCGGCCUGCGGGCCUGGCCCUGAGCCCGCGGAUUGAAAUCACCCCGUCCCGUGAGCACUACAUCCAUGGUCGGGACUCCCUGCAGAACCAGCACCCGAACAUUAGCCCCAGACCCACCCUCACUGUGCCGGGCCAUGAAAACCAAUCGUACCGCGAGCCCCAGUGCCUGAGUCCCGCCAGCAGCAACUCCUCCGCCAGCUGGCACUCCGAGAGCUACUCCCCCUGGGCGUCCCCCUGCGUGUCCCCCAGCAACGGCCAGAACACCGGAGACCUGUGUCCCAGAUUGCAGAACAUCCACGCUGGCUCCCCCCGCACCUCCCCCGGCACCUCGCCGCGCACCGGCCUAGCCGAGGACGGCUGCCUGGGCACCCGCUCGCCCUCCUCCCGGCCCGGCUCUCGCUCCGCCUCCCCGCAGGGCAAGCGCACCUACGACAUGUACAGGAACCCGGGCCUGGUCCCGUCGGGGCACCGCUCCCGCAGUCCCUCCCCUCACAGCGGCCACGAAGACCGCAACAUGGCUCCCCACUACACGCACGGCGGCGGCAGCGGCGGUGGCAGCGGCGUCCUCGCCGACGCCGUGAACGGCUUUGGCGCCGGGCAGCCGGGCCUGGUGCCCACUAAGAUAGUCAGGACGUCCAACCAGGUCUACACGCUGUACCCGGAGAGCCACGCGGACGGGAGCUUCUUGGUGUCCUGCGACCAGGACGUGAAAGCCAAACCGGCCGCGGAGCCCUUCUUCGUUAUCCCCCAAAUCUGGUCCAAGCCGCUGGUUUCCAGCAUCUGCAGCGUCCCCGUGGCGUCUCUCCCGCCGCUGGAAUGGCCGAUGCCCAGGCGCACAGACCAGUAUGAGCUCCACGUUGAGGUGCAGCCAAAACCACACCACAGAGCUCAUUAUGAGACGGAGGGAAGCAGGGGAGCAGUCAAAGCCCCCACGGGAGGACAUCCAAUUGUGCAGUUACAUGGCUACAGAGGAAAGGAGACACUUGGCCUGCAGAUCUUCAUUGGUACAGCGGACGAGCGCAUCCUCAAGCCCCACGCCUUUUAUCAAGUCCACCGCAUCACCGGUAAAACCGUCACCACCACCAGCUAUGAGAAGGUCAUCCACGGCACCAAAGUCCUUGAGAUCCCCCUGGAGCCAAAGAACAACAUGAGAGCAAUAAUCGACUGCGCUGGGAUCCUGAAGCUCCGGAACGCCGACAUCGAGCUGCGGAAGGGCGAGACGGACAUCGGUCGGAAAAACACCCGAGUCCGCCUUGUGUUCCGUGUGCACAUACCUCAGCCCGGAGGUCAACACGUCUCUCUCCAAGUGGCCUCGCAUCCCAUCGAGUGUUCCCAGCGAUCAGCACACGAGCUUCCCAUGGUGGAGAAGCAGGACAUGGACAGCUGCUCCGUUCUGGGUGGCCAGCUGAUGAUCCUGACCGGGCAGAACUUCAGCUCCGAUUCCAAGGUCAUUUUUUUGGAGAAAAGCUCUGACGGGCAGCUGAUCUGGGAAACGGAAGCCACAGUGGACAAAGACAAGAGCCAGCCUAGUAUGCUGUUUGUGGAGGUUCCCUCCUACCAGGACUCAUCGGUCUGCCAAUCUGUCAAAGUGAACUUCUACGUAAUUAAUGGCAAGAGGAAGCGCAGCCAACCUCAGCAUUUCUGCUACACGCCCCUUUCACCUCCCUCCAUCAAGACCGAGCCGGCGGACGAAUACGAAUCCGACCCCAUGGGUUUCUCCAUGUCUCAGAUUUUGGGCUUGUCCCCCCAUUCCUACUACCAGAACCCCCGCGGCGCCCUGCAUCCGGACAGCAGCCUGGUCUCCAGCAUGGCCCCGUGCCUCCCCGGCCCAGGCGGCCGUUUCCAGCAGCAGAGCCCGGCCAUCGUGUACUCCCGCGGGGGCAAGGGCCUGAGCGUGGCCCCCGGGGGCCUUUGUCAGCAGACCGGAGGGUUGAUGCCGGACUCCCACCGCUCGGUCCUGGUGCACACGGGCUCCCCGGCGCCGCCCGCGGGUCCCGUCGGCGGGGGCCCGCCCCCUUCCAUCAUCCAGUUCUCCACCGCCAACCAGCACCUUCUUCGCGGAGGUGACCCCCAGCCUCUGGCUGCUCCUCAGCCCGACGUCUACUGCGAUGGCUUCCCCCCUCAGGCAGCCGCCGGCGCCCACUCGCCCACGCCCCCCCAGGCGACCCACCCGCAGCGCUACCCCACCGUGAUCCAGCAGCAGCAGCAGCAGCCAUACGUCCAGAAGGAGCAGCAGAAAGGCCAGGCCCCACCCGGCACCGAGCGGAUGGAGGCUCCGGGAGACGUCCAGAGGAGGGUGACGGUCAAGGAGGAGAACUUGGACCAGGCCUACCUAGAUGAUGGUGAGUUGAAUGAGAUCAUCAGAAAGGAUCUAACGGGCGUUCAGGCAAGAGGGCAGACAUAGAGCACGGAUCCAAGCAGGAAAUUACAGCAUACGCUCCCCCCCCCCCGCACACUGCACAUACAGCAGCAAUGUGAGCUUCUCUUCCUCAUCGUCUUCAACAACGAAGGUGGCAAUAUCAGCUGUGUGUUCCUGCAAUAAACCGUUUGAUUUGGCAAACAGGAGAAAUCAUCUCAUCAGUGACGUCUGCCACAGUCACCCACGAGGUUUCCAAAAAAACGGAAACAGCCAGCGAAUGUACCUUAUUUCUUCACAUUUCAUUUUGUGUUGAGGUUCGGAUGCAGUUUGCCGUGCAAAGGAAUAGAGAUACGAUGAAAUAAAGCAUUAGCCAUGCUGUUCAGGUUAUGAACACACAGCUGUUUGCCUCCCACAGGUUUGCUUCAUACUUGUGAAGGACAGUUAUGUAUGGAGCCGUUUGCAAUGUGUGGACUUUCUAUUUCAAGUAAAUUUGUCCCUCCUUAAUAUUAUCAACCAAAUGGACCUUGUGGCCAAAAAGCUUGUCGUCGUUUUGUUUAAUGCUUCUUGCACAAAAUGUGUUCCCUGUGUUUGACUUCAUUUGUAGUUUUACAUUAAAUGAUUGUCUAAUGCUUACAUGCUGAUCAUCUCAGUUUUAGUGCGGUUUUCUGAUUGAAGUGAAGCGCACACUGCCUUAAUCAUAUUCAAAUGAACUAUUUUUACCUCCUAAUAUGCACUGUUUUCGAUAACAAGGAGUCAAUGUUAUUACUUUUUCUACGUAAUAUUUGAGUCAUGUAAAUAAUAGCCAAUGACCAUUUUAUAUCCCUUAAACCUAUAAUGCAUCAUAUUUAGGUUUUAAAGUGGCUUCACAAGUGCCUGCCAUGCCAAAACAACAGCAUGGGUCAACAUUUUUUAAAUGUUAUAUUUCCCAAAGCAGAUUGACUCUAUGAAGGUGGUCUUCUUGCUUUUUUUAAUCAUAUUUGUAUAUUGUAUUUGUAAUACAAAACAUACGUGGCUGCCUCGACAUUCUUAAACCAAAUAUUUCAAAGACGUUACUGUUUUGUGUAUAGCUAAAACUCUGAGUCUUUUCUUAAUGACAAUCGUUAUACUCAAAGCUACAUGCCUGCCUGUGCAGAAUCGCAGAAUGUGAUGUAAUUAUACUCCAUAUGCGCUGUAAGCACAGUAGGGGAACACAGUGUGUAUAACUCAUGUGCUAAUACAACUUAUUUGAAAGCUGUUCUUUAAAACAAUGUUUUUGUACUAUUUUACUGGGGGAAUUUGAGUAUAUUGAAAGUGCAGCUUGCCAUUUUUCAUGAUUGUAAAGUGAAAAAGUUAUAAAGUGAAGUAAAGUGGUAAAAACACGUAAUUGGGGGAAAUUGUAAGACUGAAUUUGAUUUUUUUUAAAUAUUUGAAAUGCACCUAUUUGAUAUAAGAUUUUAUUUUGUGAUAUUAGCAAAGCUAAUAUUGAUCUAUUAAUGAUAUUGCUCAUUGAGCCAGUGCAUUUCACAUUUCAUGAAUGUAAUCUAUUUUAAUAAAUGUUUCCCCUUUUUCUGUAAAUAGUGUGAUGUCAACAUCAAAAAAAGAGGAUAAAAGAGAACUAUUUCAUGUCUGAGUAUCUUUUACAUGUCUUAUGUUUAUUAAUUACACAAAGUUCAAGUUAUCAUCAUAUGUUAUCUGUUUUGUUACAAUGUAAAACUCAAUUUGAAUUUAGAUUUUUGACAUUUCAUAAAAUGUUUGUGGCCAUAGAUGUUUAGUUUUGUUAUCUAUCUGCUUUUGUUAUCAUUCUAAAAUCUUUAAAGAAAUCUUUGGAAAUGAAAAUGUCCCUAAUACUGUCUUAUGUUGUUUCCUUUGAUAAUGUUGUCAUUAUUACAUUGUGCCACCUUAAAAAAUCUUUCAUGCUAUUUUUGUAUUCUUAAGUAGCAAUAAAUACUAACCAUAUACAUCA